GGGAGGUGUAGGAUGGCGGUGAAGCCUUUGUGCCAUGAUCAUCAUGCGACAUCCACCAGAGACGACUUGGACAGGGGACCCAUCUCUAUGAUCGCAGAAAGGAUCAAAAAGAAGGCAUAGCCUAGAUAAUUCUUGGAAGUUAGUUGAUAUUUCGAUCAUGAACAGAUUUGUAAAUAAAUGCCCCAACGUGAAGGUUUUCUCUUCUCCAAGUCCACGACGCUCAAAAAUCACAUUCAUCUGUAAUACUUCUUGACCGCCAUCUUUGACUCACAGCUUAUAUGCAAUUGCGCCGAAUUAUCAGCGAUUUCCUCCUCUCGAGCAUUUCCUAAACUCAAUUGCAAUCGACAUGUGCACAAGUAUCAAUACCACAAUGGUUUGCGGCCACACAUUCACAAACUAUGCCACAACAUGUGGCAUGGCCACAAACUGUCGUCCAUGCACUCCCAAUGUCAAAAUUCAACAUCUCAACGACACGUGCGCAGCGUGCGAUCCGGCGGCCCGGAGGCGCCGUGUCCGUCAGGAUUACGAGAGCCGGCACGCCGAGCUCAUGGCCGAGUACAUGGCGGCCAAACAGACAGGCGAUGGAGCAGCCAUGGCGCGUGUAGAGCUUCUGGUCAUGGAAAAUUCCAUGACCACAAUGGAGCGGAAUUUCGAGAUCGGCAUGCACUGCCAGGAAGAGGAUGUCAUGUGGUGGGAGAUGAAUUGAACGACAAAGAUGCGCUGAAAUGAUUUAUGACGAUUACGAGAGGGAUCUGGCGUUUGCCUGUACCAACAAUGGGGGGACUACUGCGUAUUUAUGAACUACUUACAAACAUCUGCCAUUGUUACUAGACUUCCGAGCCCAACAUGUCCCCAAACCAUUAUUCC